GCUAACAAUCUCACACAGGAAAAAAAAAAAAAAAAAACCCCCUUCUCUCUCUCUCUCUCUCUCUCUCUCUCUCUCUCUCUCUCUCAUUCUUCGUCUCUUUCUCUGUGCGAAGUGAAGAGUGUGAGAAGAAGGAUGAUUAGGGGCGGCAAGAGCUACGUUUCAGCACGUCCGGCCUUCUCCAACGACGCCAAGCGCCUCCUCGUCUGCACAGGCGACGCCGUUUCCAUCUUCAGCACCUCCACCGGCUUACUGAUAUCGACAUUGGAGGGUCAUAAUGCUCUGGUCACAUCGGUUAUUGUAGUUCCAGCUUCGAGCCUCGCCAGUAAAGAUUUGUGCUUUUGCUGGACCGCCUCGCUUGACGGCACCAUACGGUAUUGGGACUUUUCUGCGCCGGAGUUGAGGAAAACCAUCAAUUGUAACAUGCCCAUUUACUCUAUGGUAAUUCCAUCUUUAUUAGGACAACCAGUGAAUGGAGAGGAAAAGCCGUCUAAAGAUUUUGCUUAUGUGUCCAUUGGAGAUAUGAAUGUGCAAGAAAACAAAGCCAAGGCUCAGCCGGGACAGAUUAGGAAGUGUAACUUGACUGAAUCUCGUAUGUUGGGUGAAAGAAUAAUUCUGGGAAAGACUGAAAGACCAGAGUCUAUAACCAUUAGUCCCUCAGGAAAGUUCUUUGGCAUCCAAAGCAAGCACAAGCUUCUUAUAUGGAAAGUACCGGCUACAGAUUCUAAUCAUGCAGCAGUUAAAAAGAUUAGUUUGCAUCAUACGAAGAACUUGGAAAUUCUUGCAUUCCAUCCAACCAGCAGAAUUGUAGCUGCAGGUGAUGAAAGUGGUAGAAUUCUGAUCUGGAGGGGCUUUGGUAGACGGACAUUUCCUAUUGGCGAUAAACUAGAAAAUGGAAGAUUGGUUCAUCAUGAGGAAGAAAGACCUGGAGUGAGGGGAGAUGAUGAUGCUGAUUCUUGCAGUACAUGGCAUUGGCACGCUACUCAAGUCAAUGUCCUCUCAUUCUCAUCGGAUGGAGCCUACUUAUAUUCAGGUGGAAAGGAAGGGGUUCUUGUUGUCUGGCAGCUAGAUACGGGGAAAAAGAAAUUCUUACCACGGAUUGGAUCUCCACUUCGGUAUUUCAUAGAUUCUCCAGAUCCUACUCUUUCCUCUAUAUCUUGCGCAGAUAAUCGAAUUCUCAUAUUGAAAUUGCCUUCGAUGGAAAUCUUGAAGUCUAUUUCAGGGAUCAAGCGGCCUUGUUUGUUCCCUGAGGUUAAUGAAGCUCCAUGCAGCAAAUUUGCCUUUGGCCACAGUGCUGGGUUGGUUGCAUUGCCCACAGAGAACUAUUGCAUCCAACUCUACAGCUUGUUUGAUGACCGAGAAAUUUCUGAGAUUCAAGUCUGUGAGAGAAACCAUCAACCUGGUGAUGACAUCACAGUAUUAGUGAGUUUACUAGCUCUCUCCCAAGAUGGCUCUAUGAUGUGUACUACUGAAGUUAAGCUUCCUGAAGAGGGAAUAGGGGCUCUUGUUUGUCUUAAGUUUUGGGCUUCGCUGUCACAGAACAAAAACUUUUGCUUGUCUACCAUUAUUUAUGAACCUCACAGAGAUGCUGGUAUUUCUGCUGUUGCUUUCCAUCCUACUCGCAAAAUGGCUGUCAGUUCGUCUUAUGGUGGGGACUUCAAGAUAUGGGUUUGCAAAGAUAACAUUCAGCAGAAACCUGAAAUGCCAACAAGUUCUGGUUGGAUGUGCCAUGCUGUGGGUUCCUACAAGAAAAAGCCAAUGACAGCUCUAGCAUUUUCUGGCGAUGGUUCAGUUCUGGCUGUUGCUGCAGAAACUGUUAUUACAUUAUGGGACCCUGAAAAGAAUGUUCUUGUGGCUGUGAUUGGUGAGAUGCUGGAGCCAAUUAUGAACCUGUCUUUUGUUGGGGACUCUCUUGUUUCUGUGUCCCAAGGUUCCAAACCACAAUUAUCUGUAUGGAGUAUAUCAAAUCUCUCUGUAUCCUGGUCGUACAAGCUCCAAGUAGAAGAUGUAGCCAGUGCAGUUGAUUUAUCAUUAUUUGCAGUUCUUGUCCUCCAAAAAUCAUCUACUUCUAUGGGUUCUAAUGAGUUGACAUUCCAAGGAAGAGAUGGGUUAAUCUUAUUAUUCAAUUCAACAGAUCCUGUUCCUUUGGCUGCCUGGUCAGUAAGGAAGGCUAGUGGAGGGGGGAUUGCCUUUAUUCAAGGAAACCAGCCUUCUUUUGAACAAAAUAUUUCAGAGUUGGAGCAAUCUAAAGCUAUUGUCUAUAUGAAUAGUGAUCAUGAGUAUUUUGUCUUUGACCCAUUUGAUAACAAGGCACCUGAACUUAGUUUAAACAGGCGUGAAGGAUUUGUUGCUUCGGAAGAAACAGCGCGCUUUGGAUAUGCAUCUCUGUAUGGGGAGCUACCGGAGUUUGAAUUGAAGAAAAACCAGAAUGCGCUUGCUCCAUCUGGAGCGUCGGAGAGACGUUGGGAGACCAUAUUUAGUGGGCCAUCGCAUAAUCUGCCGCCCCUAACUAAAUUGUGUUCAGAAUUUUUGGAGUCAUUGCUGGAAAAGAGGACUGUUGCUGUAGAAUGACUUGAUCCACCAGAGAUAUAUUUGAUUGUUAUACCUGUUCUUUCCUCCAGAUGGAAUCAAAUUUUGCAGGGAGAAUAUGAUAAAAGAUUAGAAGCUCUAUUAUCGUUCCACUGACACAGUGCUCGGGAUUAGUCAGUCCAGCAUCAUACUAGAAGUUGAAGCUUUACACAUAAGCUCACACUUGAGAGAAUUAAAUUAAAGCCAGCCUAUUUAUGGGAAUUUGAAAUUUGUUAACCUUGGUGAUGGAGAAAUUCUUUUCUUAGACGGUAACUUUGUAACCAUGGUGGAGAAGUGGCAAUAGGAGAAAACAAUCUUAUGCUGAAAAAUCAAAGGAGACUUUUAGCUUAGAAAGUUCUGUAGUUUGUGAGAUGAGUGCUACUUCAAGAAAUUGUAAUUUGUUAUUGGGCAAAAGAAAUUUUUUGUAAAUUAAUAUUUUUGGCGGAGCUCAAAAUCUUCUACUGUGUCAUGCAGCUUCUCCUUGCAAACCUUAUGCAUGAAUUGGAUUUUUAGGUCACCAAUUAUAGUCAUUUCCAUGCUUUUUGGGAA